AUGUUUGAAGGGGCGGCCGCCCCUGCCCACCCUCCUUUAUCCCCACCACUGGAUAAAUCAUGUGCAAAGUAUUCUGAGCGGAAGCUAGCGAUCAUAGAAUUCUAUGUAAUUUUGACAGCAAUUCUUUUAUGCAUUCUUGUAGUCUUGGGAUCAUGCAGGCGUCGAACCCACACGAAGGCGCUCAAAUAUUUGAUAUGGUCAGCUUAUGUUCUGUCUACGUACCUCAUCUCCUACACCAUGGGCCAAAUGCAGUCCACACCUUUCCGUAAUGGCCUCUUCCCUGUUUGGGCCGUGUUUUUGGUUAUUUUUCUUGGAAACGCUAAUUCAAUCUCUGCCUACAAUCUUGAAGAAAACGAGAAUCGGAAGACUUAUAACUUUGUUGUUGUGGUUCAAUGUUUCUGGAUGAUAUAUCUGAUAUAUACGUAUAGAAAGGAAACAGAUAAAUUUCAGCUAGCGCUCGAGUUACUCUAUUUUUUGAGUAUUUACAGGACAGCAGAAAGAGUUGGGGCUUUGACUUUGGCUAGCAGAUCAUAUGGUAUGGUGAGAAGCUCCAAACUUGUGGCAGACUUCAUGAUCUAUGAGCAUACGUUGAGCAACGAAGAAGAAGUAGAUCCUACCUGCAUGAAAGGCUACAACUAUUUGGUGAAUGGUGAAGAGGAGGGAAGCGUGAAAGUUGUCCCACCACUCUACCAAAAACAGUUGGAGAUUACAGAUGAAGUUAUCACCAUAAAUAAGAUAUGGCAAUGCCAAGGACAAGUCUUAAGCUCCACCGGGGAUCCAGAUGGGCGACUCAAAGACAUUUGCCUCUCCUUUGCAUUGUGUAAGCUUCUCCUUCGUAGAUUUGCAGGAUAUUCCAUGUUUGAAAUCUCCCAGGCAAAGACGUGGAACUUGGUGCGAAAUGGGCUACUUUCCAACGAAGGUGAUCAUGAGAGAGUAUUCAGAGUAAUCGAGGUAGAACUCGACUUUCUUUAUGAUUUCUUCUACACAAAAUACCCUGUCCUCUUUGCUAAAGGAAUUCCAAUAUUUUCAAAAAGUAUGCAAAUCAUUUUUGUCAUAGUUAGUUGUUGGUAUUUUGUUGCAAUCCUAGGAAGUUACCAAACACCCGACGGAGAAUUGAACCUCGUUACAGAAAGUGGUCAUAAUGUUGAUGCUCUAGUUACUAGAAUAGUUAUAAUUGCAAUCCUUUUUAUGGAAGUUGUGCAAUAUUUCGGUAUCAUGUUCUCCGAAUGGGCAAAGGUAAACUGGCUUUGCAGAUAUGUCAAGAAGCCCACGUGGCAGAGGAAGAUAUGGGUAGAGAAGAUUAUACAAAUUUUAUGCCACAAGAAAUGGUUAAGACCUUGGGAAAGAAAACUUGGCCAAUACUCUCUACUUGAAUCCUUAUAUCAUAAUCCUUCCAAAUUGCUAUACAAUCCUUGGACCAUUUGCACUGGGUUCUUAGAUAAGCCUAUAAAAGGCCAGAAAGAAAGUAGCCGCAUCAAAUUGCCCGUGGAAGUGAAGAAAGCAAUUGUACUUUCACUAAGGACCAAUGGCCAGCGAUUGAGUAUUAAUGGGGAGGCUUCUCUACAACGAAAUGGGGUAGAGAAUGAAUUAUCUUGGGCAUGUCGAAAUGGGGUAGAGAAUGAAUUAUCUUGGGCAUGUCGACUUGAGACACAGACGCAUGUUAUUAUGGUUUGGCAUAUAGCCACUAGUCUUUGUGAGAUUGCAGCCAGGGAAGAAGCCCAAAUACAAAGGGAAAGCGAACACUUCAUUGUGGCAACGAGCUUGUCUAAGUAUUGUGCCUACUUGGUGGCUUUUACCCCAAGACUUCUACCUGAUCAUGCUUACACAACAGAGACUAUUUUUGACCAGGUUGUUGGUGAAGCCAGGGACCUUCUCAGGGGAUUCAAAACCUUGACUACUAGGUACGGAAAGAUGAUGAGAUUAGGCGAGGGCGAUCCUGGGGAAACAAUUAUGAAGAGAAGUGCUGUUCUUGCAAAGCGUCUGAUAGUAGGAAUAGAAGACAAUGAGCAGAGGUGGAAAAUUCUGGCAGAUUUCUGGGCAGAUAUGAUGUUGUUUGUGGCUCCCUCGGAUGAUAUAACUGCUCAUGCGGAGUUUCUAGCUGAGGGAGGGGAGUUUGUGACUCACUUGUGGGCUUUACUUUCUCAUGCAGGCAUACUCAAGCGAGAGACAGCUCAGCAUGUUUGA